GUCUAUACGUUAAAAGAGGCCCUGAUCGAACAUCGAUUUAAUCGAUUAUCUACCAUUAGUAUUAUUAUUAAAAUAUUUGAUGUUGAAAUAUUGAAAUGUGAUUAAUUGUUAGGUUUUUAUCGUCUGUUUCUACACUACCUUUGCUAAUCUUUGUUUGUUAAUAGCACCAAUACCUCCAGGACCACGUCUCAUUGUCUUGCCGGGUUUUUAUUUCAUGACACACUGAAAUCUUGAAAUAUAUUUUUAUACAUGUUUUUUUUUUAAACUUUUUGUAAUUUUGUUUAUGAUAGGGAUAUUUGGGAUAUUAAAGUGGUAAGCGGGACUAUUUGGAAUAUUCUUGGACACGAUUCGGGAGUCAAUCAAGAAUAUUAUUUACUACUUGGUUUCAAACACGAAGAAAACAUAUUUAAAACUCAAUAUAGUUAAAACAAGACAAGUUUUACAAGAUACCUUUGUUCAAUGUUUAUUUUACAAAAAAACUUUUGUCUUGUUGCAUGUGGCCUUUGGAUGUUUGAUUUGAUUGAUAACCCUAAAACGACCCUCUAUGUCCUACGAUGCCACAUUGCCACAUUGUAUUGUUGGUUCAAGAUGGCGGAUGAUUUACACGCGAAGGGCAAAGAUCUUAAAGAUUUAAAGGUAUGUUUCACUGUUUUGCGUCGAGAUAUUUACAUCUUUAUCACAGAAUAUGAACGAAAUUAUAAUUUCUGUUUACUUAACUGCAUAGUAGAAGUGUGAAGUUAUUGAUUAUUUAAAAAUCUGAAUUAUAUCAUAUUAUUUCCUACCCAACACUCCAACAGGCAACAGGCCAUUUAUAUGAUUCAUGAACACGUUCCAAUUUGAAUUUGGAAAGCAAACUUGUGUUUAGGCCAGAGCAAACAACAUAUCAAACUCUAUUAUAAAACAGGAUUAUGAAAAUGUAACAGACUCUCACAUCUACAAAAUGGUCAAAAUAUCCAAUAAACCACAAAAAUGGGCUACAUUCCAAUGUUAAUGGCUGUGCCCCUGUAUGGAAUGAGACUUUUUUGUGUGCCAGAUAUGUGCACCAAAUACUAGUAAAUAUGUUGCUGUUACAGAGCGUUGACAUUCCAUACUGGGCUGUGCCAUUGUGGAACUGGCCCAGACUGGAAACUUUGCAGUGCACAUGGACGAUCUUCCAUGCGCACACAAAAAUUCUUGUGUGCAAAUUCUAUCUUCAGCAAAUGUCAAGUGUGCACUUGGCCUGUGAAAGAUAACUUAGGUAUAUAUUAAAGCGUUACGUGCACAAAGUUAAGGCCUAAAAAAAUACCUUCCCGACCGACCCUUUUAUUUUUUCAACACAAUUGACCGUACGACCCUAUUUUCUCCAGGUGGUUGCGGGCUGCUGCCAAAAUGGCAUCUGUUGUCACACUAAUUAUGGAAAAAAACCUACCGACCCUAAUUUUUUCGCGAUAUGAAACCGGAACCACAGGUAUUUUUUUAGGCCUAAGUGUUGGGGGUGCAAAAUUUUGUAAAAUAAAAUUUGUCUGUUCGCAUUUGUUUCAGGUGGUGGAAUUGAAAAAAGAAUUGCAAGAAAGAGGCUUGAGCAUAUCAGGGAACAAAAGUGACUUAAUAGCUCGUCUUGAAGAAUAUAUCUUAAAGCAGGGUAUGGUAGAGAUAUAUGCUGUGCUGAGUGGUUAUAUUACUACCUUAAAAAAUAAGCAGAAACUCGACGUUUCAAGCGAAGGCCCUUUGUCAAGAGAAACCACGCUACUAACUCUUGAUGAAGGGCCUUCGCUCGAAACGUCGAGUUUCUGCUUAUUUUUUAAGGUAGUAAUAUAACCACUCAGCACAGCAUUUUUACAUUGGUACUACCUACACUGGUACAGACAGUUUUAGUAGAGAUAUAUGCCUCCAUAUUAAAUUGUUCAAAGCAAACUUGUGCUAUGCCCAGGCAAACAACAGUUGGGAGGACUUAAGAUAUUCUAACAUGAAUGGCUAGAAAAGAAAAUCUCACACCAUUCCUCCAAGCAAGCUGUAUUGUAAAUCCACACCGGAGACCUUCAAAGUUUUGUGCACAGAUUUCCAGCUGGUAGUUUGCAACUCUUAAAAAAGUGUAAAAUGUUAUUUCUCAAACUCAUUAAUAAUACAAGCACAAAGAAGGAAAUGAGCAGCAUAUUAUUGACACAUUAAUAAACACCACAAAUCAUGUGGCCCAGUUUCUGUUAAAUUACUUUAUUCAAGCUGGUCAAGCUUUUCAAAAAGCUUAGAGUGCCACUAACAUGAAAAAACGUUAACCUCUUAUGUAAAAUUGAGGAAAUUUCACAAUGGUAAAGUAACUUUUUCAAAUGAUUUUCGUUCUUCACCUUCUCUUUGAGACAUGAAAUACAAUUAAUAGGUGCAUCAUCCUGACAUCCUCAGACAAAUUGAAACUUAGAUUUUCAACAAUAAUUUAUUACUCUUGAGAAUGAAUAAUAUAUUAGUGUCACACAAACUUUCAAAUCAUUAGUAUUGCCUAACACACAAACUGAAAUAUCUCAGAAACAAAACCUUCAAAAUAAGUUACAGUACUUUAUACUACAAAGUAAGUUUAAAAAAAAUAUUAAUGCCCAGUAGAAAAUACGUAAAAGAGCCAUAAUAUAACAAAAUUAUAGUUCAAAAUAUUUAUUAGAAAGCUAACAUUUCAUCUUUAACAAACUCAAACCCUCUCUCAACUUACAAGGCAGUUUGGUCCCUCUACUUCUACUCUGAUCCAUUCCUCUUUCUACUUUUGUAAUAUAAUAUCCUGUUAAUUAAUAGCUGUAAUUUAUUCAUAUUUCUAUGUUUUCCACUUUGUACUAUGUCAUUGCUCUGAAGAUGUCUUAAGUUAACUCAUGAGAAUACUUUCUCGAAUGAGGAGUUUGUAUGGAGAAGAGCAAUAAGAAAUAAUCUUAAAAUCAUUAAGAGAGGCAGUGUGGCCAGUGCUAUCAAGAUGGAACUUGGUAGCACCACGAUUUUCAACACACACUCUGGUGUUUCCAUUAAUAAUAGACCCCUUGUGUAUAACAUAUUUGUUCCUACUCUAUGUUGUUCAGGAGAUGAUCAGGAAGAGAUAGAAGUUGAAGUAGGUGUAUUUGACAGUGAGAUUGAGAAUAUUGGAGGAGAUCUUGAACAAGAAAUAAGUGAAGAUACAUUCGAUGAACAUGACAGUGGAACUGACUCUAAGAAUGAACAAUCAGAUGAGAAGGUGUGUGCUAUCACAACCAGCAACCAUGAAUAGUUCACAUUCUUAGUGUAUAUUGACAUUUGACUUGACAUGUAACUCUCAG